UGGGGCGGGGUUGAGUCGGAACCAUAAUAGCCAGGCGAGGAAACUACAACUCCCAGGGAGUCCCGGAGCAGGCCAACGGGACUACGGGAAGCAGCGGGUAGCGGCCCGCGGGAGGCACCUCGGAGAUCUGGGUGCAAAAGCCCAGGGUUAGGAGCCGUAGGCAUGCUGCGCCCCAAGGCUUUGACCCAGGUGCUAAGCCAAGCCAACACUGGAGGCGUCCAGAGCACCCUGCUGCUGAAUAACGAGGGAUCACUGCUGGCCUACUCUGGUUACGGGGACACUGACGCCCGGGUCACCGCUGCCAUAGCCAGUAACAUCUGGGCCGCCUACGACCGGAACGGGAACCAAGCGUUUAAUGAAGACAAUCUCAAAUUCAUCCUCAUGGACUGCAUGGAAGGCCGUGUAGCCAUCACCCGAGUGGCCAACCUUCUGCUGUGUAUGUAUGCCAAGGAGACCGUGGGCUUUGGAAUGCUCAAGGCCAAGGCCCAGGCUUUGGUGCAGUACCUGGAGGAGCCCCUCACCCAAGUGGCGGCAUCUUAAUGGCAUUGGUGGAAGCUGGGGUCAGAAAAGAGAAAUGACCAUUUGGAGGGGCGGGGCCUCCUAAAAGAACCUUCUUACACAAUGGGGGGAGGGUGGGACUUUGUUUUUUCCAAGAAUAAACUUCAACUCCUGUCA